GGCAUUAUUGCAGGUUGUAAAAGAGCUGCGAGCGAUGGGAGGACAAGCUGUGGUCGACCUCCCACGGAUCGUAGUCAUUGGGAACCAGUCCGCAGGGAAGAGUAGCGUAGUUGAAGCUAUCUCGGGGAUACACGUACCGCGAGACCCAGGGACUUGUACAAGAUGCCCUAUGGAGUGUCGCCUUACAUACUCGCCUGACGUUUGGUCAUGCCAGGUUUCUAUCCGUUGGGAAUUUGACUCAAACCUACAGCUUCUCGCCGAGGUCACAGAGAUCCCGUUCGGAGAUAUCAUCGCGAAGAAGGACGAAGUGGAACUAGCUCUCCGCCGAGCUCAAGUAGCGAUCCUGAACCCUACGAUUGAGUCGCAUAAGUUCCUAGGAAUGUCAGCCGAGCAGUUGAGGAAGGGUAUUCAAGGCAGCAAACCGAUGCUCUUCUCCAAGAACGUAGUUUGCGUCGAUCUGCAAGGCCCUGACUUGACUGAUCUGGCGUUCAUUGACUUGCCGGGUCUUAUCCAGAAUGCCGAGGAUAAACUUGUCAGGCUUGUCGAGGAGCUUGUUGUCAACCACAUCAAAGGAAACUCUUUGAUCUUAGUCGCUCUUCCGAUGACGGAUGACAUCGACAAUCAGAAGGCUCUCGCUUUGGCUCGCGAAGCAGAUCCCGCGGGAAAACGCACCAUAGGUGUCCUCACGAAGGUAGACGUCAUCGCAAAAGGCUCCAAAUCACGCAGUAUAUGGCUCGAUGUCAUUGAAGGCCGAAGCAACCCCCUACUUCACGGAUAUUACUGCACCCGCCAGCCCGAUGAUGCAGAACGGGAGGCCGGAAUCACCACCGAAGAAGCACGAGAGAAUGAGAUGGCAUUCUUCGAUACUGAGGCUCCUUGGUCGACUACCUCACACAAGGGCCGGUUUGGAAUGUAUAACCUGGUAGCAAGACUUAGUCCUCUGUUGUCUCAGAUUAUCAAGAAUACUCUUCCGAAGGUGGCUGCAGAUGCUACCAGCCGGUGGGAGGCCUGUAAUAGUGCCCUCUCUGACCUUCCGGCCCCUCUGGACUCGGAUCAAGUCACUGUUAUGCUGAGCCUUAUCACAUCCCUGUGUACCGAAGUCAAAAUAGUCGUCGAAGGGCUCCAGAAAUCCAAAUCCAACGAUUCCCAGCUCAUUCAAGGAAAUCGCAGUGCGUAUGCAAUCUUUAAGGACAAGAUACAGUCAACUUGCCCUGAGUUCGCGCCCCGACUACGAUCCGAAGUAACGACAGACCAAGUGGACUCUGGCGGAAGUUCUGUGAACGCACCAUUGACAGGAGUCAUGUACUUGGAUGAUAUGAGAACUUACAUCAGGAGCUCGGUCAAGCGCGAACUGCCCAAUAAUGUCCCUUACCCCGCUAAGGUCAGGCUCAUCGAAGACUUUCAGGAUAAAUGGGCCGGAAUGGCCACCGAGUGCUUGGAGGUUGUCUGUCGCGAGACGACUGAGUGUCUACUGGCUUGUGUAGACAGCAUCUUCGGGCGCUGGGAAAACCUACAUAUGCAAAUGCGAUCCCUUGCCCUUGAGCUCAUUCAGAAGCACCUAGAAACCUCUCGUGCUUUUGUCGACGCUAUGCUGGAAGUCGAACGCAUGCCAUUUACACAGAAUACUCAUUACCUGCAGAGUCAAGAAGACGAAUGGCGUGCGAAGUACAAGAAUGAGCGUCUUCCGGAUGCAGACUCAGAUGUCGAUGAGGAUGAUAUCAACGAGGCACUUUCGAUUUUGGCUCGCGUUGGACAUGCUGGGCUGAAGGAGGAGGAUCUUGGCAGGCUGCAUGCAGCCGACGAAUAUCAGACGGAGAUGGACGUCAUGGCCGAGGUCAGAGGAUACUUCCAGGUGUCGUACAAGAGGAUAAUCGACAAUGUACCUUCCUUGAUUGACCUCAAGCAUGUAUUUAUAUUCAUUUUGUAGUUCGCCACUCAAUGGAUGUUUCGCUCCUCGUAGAUGAUAUUGAUAACCAGAGGGCUGUGGCUCUCGCUCGGGAAGCUGACCCAAAAGGAGAGCGAACCAUAGGAGUGUUCACAAAGCCAGACGUCAUUGGAAAGGGAUCCAAGUCCAAAGACAUAUUCCUAGAUAUCAUCGAGGGUCGCCUGCGCCCUCUCCGACAUGGCUACUAUUGUACUCGACAGCCUGACGAUAGCGAGCGAGAGAGCGGUAUUACACCUGAUGAAGCCCGACAAUACGAGGCUGAGUUCUUUCGGUCCACUGCGCCGUGGUCGACGUCUUCGCAGCAACAGCGAUUCGGUGUCAAGAACCUUUUGUCCACCCUCAGUCCUUUACUGUUGCAGAUUAUCAAGCAAACACUUCCAAAAGUUAGUGACGAAGCGUCAAAGCGCCUCUCGGCUUGUAACGACGAGCUUGCCAAACUCCCGCCGCCUCUUCCUUCUGAACCGGCCAUAUACAUGCUGAGCCUCAUCACGUCACUCUGCUCUGAUGUCAAACGCCUCGUCGAAGGCUCCUCUGGUGAAGAUUCCUCAGGCCUCAACCUCGUCCAGAACAAUAUCAGGCUGUUUUCCGAGUUUAAAGACGCGAUCAAAGGAACGUGCCCGGAGUUCCUCGCCCAGCGACGUUGUCUGUUCCUGACCGAAGAUGCCAACCUUGCGGGAAAAGCACUGACUUGUCCCAUGCAUUUGGAUGACAUGAAGACGUAUAUUGACAACUCUGUCGCUCGCGAGCUCCCCGACAACGUCCCAUAUGCAGCUAAACUGAAGUUGAUUCGGCAGUGCCAGCAGAGAUGGAAACAUCUCGCUGAAGAGUGUCUGAAGGCUGUUCGUACCAAUAUCCUCGACGUUAUUUUGGAACAAGUACAAGGUCAUUUCGAGCGAUGGGAUAAUUUGCACUCACUGGUCCGAUCCCUCGUGACUGACUUGGUGGACGAGCAUCUUACAAUCUGCCAGGAUGCCGUCGAUUCACAUAUGGAUGCAGAACGAAUGCCGUACACCCAGAACAAUCAUUAUCUCCAAACAGCUAAGGAGAAGUGGCUCUCGAGAUACAAGGCCGAUCGAGCUGCAGACCAAGGAAGUUCCAGCAUAACCACGAAAACCGCACCAACGGCACCAACCACGACGGCUUCCUUCAAGCUGUUCAACAAUCCACCUCAAACAGCGAAUGGCGCCGCUCCUUCGAAGAAAGGUUUCACCCCUUCCGGAGGCGCCGUCAACGCAUUCUCAUCCAUCACACCUCAGUCCGGAUCGGCCUUCUCGUCGCCGCCCCCGCCAUUCUUCUUCGGCAACGGAAGUUCUUCUACGACACCAACACCAGCAGCUUCCGCAGGGCAAUCUCCCGCUCCGGCUCCUCUGUCUGCGGAGAAGGAAGAGAAAAUGCGGCAAGCUAUAGCGUUACUUACUAGCGCCGGAUACGAAGGUUUGAAGGUGGAGGAUCUCGGGAAGUUGCACCCGCCCGACAUAUAUGAGAGAGAGAUGGACGUGAUGGCGGAGGUGCGAGGGUACUUCCAGGUAUCAUACAAGAGGGUCAUAGACGUCGUGCCCAUGACGAUUGACCUGAAACUCGUUCAUGGCGUCAUGCACGACAUGCAGAAUUUCCUGAUACAGCGUAUGGAGCUAGGUGCCACUCAGGAAGCGGCUGAGCGUUGUGAACGGUAUUUGGCCGACGAUCCGAGUGUGAUUAGUCGCAGGCAAGAGCUUACGGCGCACAAGGAGAAGCUAGAAAAGGUCAAAGCCAAGCUGUAUAGCUUUGGUAUCUAGUCGACCUUUGUUCAGGUCUCCGUCAUGUGCUUCGGAUUUAUCUCAUUCUGUUAUCGCACUGCUGUCGUUGCUAACGAUGUUUGCGCAUGAUGUAUCAGAACAUGUAGUAGUAACCCUCAUCUGUCCGACUCUCUGGUCACAAGAUGCACGCAGCUCGUCAUUGCUAGUGUCCGAAUAGCAUCGGUAGUUU